UACGGUGUCGCCACGGACUACAAAGGCGGACUUAUGCAGAUCCCAAAUACAGAUCAGCAGGUACCAGAAGGUUAACCACUCACAGAGAUCAUUGGAGGCACCACCGAAGACCUGGCGGGUUGUUACAGAAGACCGAGAAGUGAUCACAAGGGGUGCAACCAUGGAGGAAAUGGACUUUGACCGGCGCCGGGAGCUGAGGAGGCAGAAACGGGAGGAGAUGCGCCUGGAGGCUGAACGGAUGUCCAGGAAUGACGAUGACGAGGAGGAGGCAGCCCGCGAGAGGCGGCGCCGGGCCCGCCAGGAGAGGCUGAGGAGCAGGGAGCUCGAGGAGUCGAGCGGCCAGCCUGACAGUCUGGUCCUCACCAACAGCCACAGUGUUACAGAAAGCGACUCAGUGAGCAGCUCUUACGGAGGCAACGACGAUACCGAAGAACAAGCCCUACUGGACCGCAUGGCCAAGAGAGAAGAGCGCCGCCAGCGUCGCCUGAAGGAAGCGCUGGAGCGACAGACGCAGCUGGACACCGAGACGGAAGGCCAGCGGGACUACGACGUCGGUGGCGCAGAGGAGAAGAGCAAAAAGCAGGAAGUGGUGGAGGAGGGGAGGUCCUCCUCUUGGCGCCAGGGCCGUUACCAUCACGGCGAAGAAGAGGAAAAGGAGGUGGUGGUCGUGACGAGAGAGGAAGAAGAUGCUGCUCCUGAUGAGGAGAGAGUGAUGGACGAGAAACCAAGAAGGUCUUACUUAAGAGAAGAGGAGCUCACAGGGAAAGGAAGUCAUUCGGUAGUCAGUUCAAAUCAGGCCGAGUCAGCAGACGUAGUGGCUGAAGAGGCACCGGAGGGCGAUUAUGUAGACGCCACCUCAGGGAGCGAGCGUACGGUGCAGAGAAAUGACAGUGAGGCGGACAGAGAGGUGUGUCAGAUACUGCAGUCGCAGGACAAUCAGAUGAAUGAGGCGAGCAGGAGCCUGGAGGUUCGCGAGGAGCAGAGGAAGCAGAACGGGGGUCUGCACGAGGAGGAGGAUGAGGAGGAGGAGGAGGAGGAGGGGGCCAUACCCAAACAGCACAGGAACCUCGAGAGGACACUCAGCCGAGGCAGCGUGCGUUCACCUGAGGCAUCGGCGGCCGACGAGCAGGACGAAGACGACACGGCCGCCCGCCUGGAGGCCGAACGCAAGCUGGAGGAGCUGAAGCGUCGCCGCGACAACGCCGAGAACGAGGAGAUUGAGCGCAGGCGGCAGAAGCAACAAGAGGCCGAGGCCGAAUUGGAGGAGCUGAAGAGGAAGCGUGAAGAGAGGAGGAAGGUGCUGGAGGAGGAGGAGAGGCAGAAGAAGCAGGAAGAGGCUGACAAGAAGGCCAAAGAGGAGGAGGAGAAGAGGAAGAUGAAGGAGGAGAUUGAGCGAAGGAGGGCGGAGGCAGCGGAGAAGAGACAAAAAGUGGAAGACCCUUUGGACAACGAGGACAAACUCUUCAAGUGUGUCAGCCCUCGAGGCUCCUCCCUCAAGAUCGGAGAGCGAGCAGAGUUUCUCAACAAGUCAGCACAGAAAAGCACGGUGAAGACGUCUCUCACUCCUGUGGUAUCGAAGAUCGACAACAGGCUGGAACAAUACACCUCAGCCGUUCUGAGAGAGAACAAGGAGUCCCGAUCCCCUCGCUCGGGCGCCGUGGACCUCCCCGUGGUCGCCGACAGCAUACGGAACAUCAAGAGCAUGUGGGAGAAAGGCAGCGUGUUCAGCACGUCAGGAAGUGGCGGCAGCAGCGCCUUCAAGGAAGCAGCUGCGAUAAAGUCGGGCGUGGCGGGCCGCAUCAAUGACUGGCUGAAUAAAACCCCGGAGAGCAGCAAAGCUUCGGCAGGAAGGCCGUCGGACCUGAAGCCUGUGGAUGUGAGCAACAAGAGGAGUUUAUGGGAAAACAAAGGCUCCUCAACAGCCAAGGCGGCGGGCACGAGCGACACCAAAUCAGUCACUAACGGUAUGGGCCACUAGAGUCCAGCAGGAGCCUUUCAAAGCCGGGACCACGACAAUCCAAGACUUUGGCUUGACCACCAAAUAACGACCACCAUCCCCAAGAGGGAGAGGAGGCACGCCGUCUCACCUUUUGGACCACGGCUCCUCUUUUAUGUGCCUUUUGCACGUUUAUUUACUUUGUCAAAGAAAGCAAAUGCUGUGAAGAUUGGACUUUUUACGUCCUGCCAGGACACAAAAUUAGUAGCAAACAAAUUUGAUUUCAUCGCCCGUCCCUACAUUCCAUCUUUUUUUUGUUUUGUAUUUAUAUUGAAAGCAAAAGCUUCACACAUUUUGUAUUAUUUGAAAUGCAACCACUUGAGGAUAGAAGUAUAAGCACUUGUAGAGGUUAGUCGUACAACAAUAUCUUUUAUUGUAUAACAUUCCUAUACUCACAACUUCCUCUUUUAUACUCCUAAACAUUCCGCCAACAGGAAGUGUUGACGUUGUUUUAUUUAUGUUGAAUCCUUCACACAUUCCUCUUAAACGCACGAGAUGCCUUCGCUGCUGCAGACGUUGACAUUUAGAUCACGUAGGAAGCAAACAGCAGCAUUAUUGCACGCACGGUGGCUACACACAACACACAUAGAACACGCAGUAGUAGCGAGGCCAACGACAAGCCACGAUGUACUUUAUCUGGCCUAAGGAUUGCAAUGACAGCUGAGGUACUUGAACGCCUCACAGGAAGGAAGUGUUUACGUUGUGAUAAUUUUUCUUUUUUGCUCCCAAGUCAGACAAUCACAUUCCACAGUUCCUCUUAAAAAGAAGAGCAGGGAGGGCAGGACCAAAAUCUAUAUUUUAUUACUUUUUUUAUUGAUCAUAUUUAACCUGACACUUUGUUUAGGCGCUGCAACACACUUUGCUAGUUAGUGUGUGUGUGUACAUGUACACGAUGUCACGCUAAUAUUGGACACUUUCCAACUGGAUGAAUGUCAACAUUGUACUCUUUGACAGCAACAACAGUAAUAAACACAUUGAUCUUUCA